CCGCAAACGCUUAGUCAGAGCCUUGAAGGUACAAAAAUGGUUAAAGAUUUUGACAAGUACAAUCAGCGAAUUGAAGAUGCCCUUGUUGCCAACGACAAGCGGAUCAAGAAGGAAGAGGAGGCCAGGAAAGCCCUCAAGAAUGCCAAGGUAGUAACGAAACCGCCUGAUGACAGCAACGUUGUGCGGUCCGAACAGCCUGUUCGGGUGGAGGAUGCGAAACUGGCCAACUACAUGCACGACGAUCGCAACAAGGAUGGCUACGUGCGUCCCUACAUCGCAUGGAGGUAUUUAUUGAAGCAAAUUGGGCUCAGUGUGACAGACAUUGUAGCAGAUCCGCGACCGGAAAACGAACGAGCUUAUCCUCUACUAAAUUGUGAGCGCCAUGGCCACGAUAUUUGGAAGCAUCAGACUCAACACAACGUCACCCACCAAUCGCCGAGCACUGUCACUCCCGGCCACCUCAAUUUCAUGUAUUCAAAGAUGGCUCGCUUACUGAAAAGCGAACUGCUGAUUGUGAGGCAAAAAUCGGUAACUUGGUGUGUGGAGUUGCUGAUGGUUCCUGAAAACCGCGCCCGCUGUGUAGCAGCUGGUAUGGACUGCUUCGCCAGUCUCGCCCAGGUUACAAUGCAAACUAGGUUAACGACAGAUCCAAGGAUCAGAGUACCGAGGCCAGGCCUUCUUCCUAUUCUUGCUGAAAUGAUCCCGGAAACAGACCUGUAUAUACGGCAGCAGCUUGCCCUGUGCUUCAAGUAUUUUUCAGCUCAAAUCACUACGUGGACCGACCUGGUGGAGUUGGGUUGCAUCAAGGGCCUCGUAGAGAUGAUUCAAACAGACGACGUGGUAUUGAGGUCAAAUGCUCUGAAUGCCUUGCUUUACUGCGCUCUUUCGUGUGAAGUUAGGGAUUCGAUUGUGGAAGACGGUUGUCUGGCAGCUAUAGUGGACUUCAUUGGAAAAGACACAAACAGCGCCAACGUAUGCCACGCCAUAGACCUUUGCUCGCGCUGCAUGGGAAGCUUGAACUAUUGUCAGAAGGCCAUUGAUCAGAUUUUGGCGGUGGAAGGAGUGCCAACAGUCAUGAAACUCGCCAAGACCGUAGACCAAGCCACGAUGGUUUCAUGUGGUCGUUUCAUCUGCAUGAUUGGAUUCGAGGAGAAAGGCAGAAAACAAGCAGUUGCACUUGGAGCAGUGGCAGUAUUCGUCUCCUACUUGGACCACUGUGAAGCAAGAAUCAUGGCCUGUGGUACAGCAGCACUGCUCAGCCUGACGCUGGAGAUAUCAGGCAAGAAGGAAUUCAUCAUGGCCAAUGGUGUGCCAUUGUGCACAGCGAUGCUUCACCUCAGCGACGGCGAGCUCACACUUUUAACUGUGAAUCUCGUGAUGAACGUGACGGAGGACCCGGCUGCGAGGGCCAAGCUGCAGCUCGGCAUUCAGAUCUGCCGCAUUCUGAUUCUGCAAAGCUUCAACGGGAAUCUCAAGCACACAGCUCGCCGCACCAUCCAGCAACUCGGGUUCUCGUCACGCCCUUUCCAGAACCUCCAGUUUGUUAGAUGAGAAAAGGGCCGAUGCAUUACUAGAUAAGAAUCUGAGAGGCGCUACUGUUCUGAUCGCCCUCCAUGGCUGGUCAGUGCAUGCAACCUUAAUCUCCUUCGAUACAUUUUAAUCGCUUCCACAACGUUUUAGUGAUUCAAACGCGAAAUGGGACUGUACGUUCUGAAUGAGUAUAGGUAUAUGUGACAAAAUCUUCGUCGCAUGUAAUGAACGCGACAUUGUGCCUUGCUAUACUUACGCCACCUGUAUUUUGACAAAUUCUUUGAUCAUAGUUUAAGAGUUAUAUUAGAUAGCACCAAGAGGGAAGAUCAUCACCUUCAACAUGGAUAUUAUUCCGAAGUAUAGCAUGUAUAAAUCUUCACCGUAUUUUCACUCCUUAUUCUGAUUCUGGAUUCUCUACUAAAUGCGAACUUUGGCCAGUUUUGUAAGUCUAUUAUUAACAUUUUAAAAUGAAACACGUUUCAAUUUU